UAUUGGUGGAUAUUUCUCCUGGUAACCAGCAUCAACUGUUAUCAACAACAUAGCCACUGUUAACACAUGAGUCGGAAAAUCUCAUUUGAAUUCUGAAUUAUAGUGAAUAAUGUCCGUGAAUAGAGAUGAUAUGGAUUCAGAAUAGAAAUUAUACAUCAUGGAAUGACAUCCCCUCAAAAUAAGGCAAUGUGAAAACCAGUGCCUUGGACACACAAUGAAUAAAGAGGAAAGCCAGCGGUGCCAAGGAGGGAAACAUGGUGUGGCUGUGGAAGAGACACUGGAUGAAUAUUUAAUCUCCCUUCAACACAAAAACAGGAUCUUAAAGAGACUGCAAUCCAAAGAUCCCAAGGAGAUCGAGCUGGAGCGUCUUGAGCAGGGCUUCUCCAUCUAUUUAAACGGUGCAAACGCUAACGGCAGAAAGCAGCCCAGGAGACCCAAUCAGAAGUCUGUUACCUCGCCACCGCCUGCUCUGAGAGCUACACGCACGGCUGAUGCCUCCAGAAGGGGUUCGCAGCUAGCAGAGGAGGAGAACCACAAUCUGGGGGAGAACCGAAGUAAGAGGAGUCGCACUGCCCCUGGAAAAGUCCAGAGGAGAGAAUGGGUUCAGAACUCAGUCAAUAUUCAAACAGAACAAGGGCCCUGCUUGCGGAUUUCCCCGGGGAGACGCUACUCCGAAGACUUUGAGCCCUACGACAGCCUGGAGAUGGAGCGGUCUAGUCCACGUACCCCUCGUAGCCCCCUCAGUCCCCGCUCCCCACGCGACUCCUGCAAGGUGUCACGUUCGUUCGGCUCCCCCAGAGCUGAUGGUCGAGGGAGCCACUCGGAGCCUGAGCCACAAAGCGAACGGGUCCUACUCAACAUCGACGAGGUCAAGGCGAUUCGUCGGAGCCUGGAGGUGAGCGUGCGGAGGAGCGGCGGCGGCCGGGGGUCGCAGGGGGAGGAGUCGGACGAGGAGUGGGUAGAGGAGCAGAUCGAGAGGGAGGAGAGCACAGAGAGCCUGGAUGAGCUCGGCCUGCCUCCCUCUUCCUCCAAGAAAACAUCUAGUCACAUGAACCACCUUAGAGCCACCGGGACCAAAGGGUGCCUUCACGAUCCCGCCGACCUCAUCGUGUUGGACUUUGGGCCCUCCCCUAAAGGUCGCAAGAUGGAGCGUUCGCUGUCAGCCAAGAGAAAAGACAACAUGGAGGCGUAUGUCCCCACCAAACCUGUGCUGGUGAAGAGCAAGACUCUGGACAGGCCCUCUUCAAAGGAGUUCAGGGAUGUCAGAGAGCCCCAGCGGCCGAGGAGUCGGGUCGAGCGUCCCCUGUCUGCAGCGAGGAAGGCCUCCCGGGAGGAGCGCGACUCGGAGGAGACCGCGUGCGGGGUCUUCCAGGCCCUGCAGAGGGAGAACAGCCCUCUGAACAGCCCCGAGCCCAGGGCCCUCAGCCGUACCCCGGCGAGGAGGGGACGCCAGACGAUGAAUGGCUCGCUGUGUGGCGACGACGACGACCAUGAUGAAAGUGGGGUGACCCGGGCCAUGCAGAGAAUCACCCUGAUGGGGCCCAGGCAACAGCAGCGGCUUCUGAAGGCGCUGGAGAAACUGGAAGCGGGCGCAAACUUCGACACGCCUCAGACAGUGAAGGUGGACGGGAGCAAGCCAGCGAUGAGUUGGUCUUUGGCGGAGACACCGCCUACCCUGUACGUCACCAUGGAGAUCCUGAGUAACUGGGGGAACAGGGACCAGGUGGGGCUGACCGAGAUGCAGUUCUUUGGCCCAGGGAACAGGAAGCUGUAUGUGUCGCCGCACGACCUAGACAUCCGGAACGCCGACUACCCUGGGAACCUCGGAGCGCUGGUCAAUGGCAAAGCUAAGACCACAAAAGAGCGUCACAUGUGGACCUGCCCGUUCCAUCCUCCAGUCCAACUCUACUUCAUCAUCAGGAACGCGGAGCGCUCUCCAGAUUUUGGGAUAUCCCGGAUCAAGAUCUGGAACUACAAUAAGAGCCUCAAUGACCUGGAUGUUGGAGCCCGGCAUGUGAAUCUUUAUCUCAACAGCACUCUGGUGUUUGAAGGCGAACUGGAGAAGGGCUGCGGGAACCAGGUCUUCGAUUACAGCACCAGCAUUGACCUCCAGGCCCUUCAAGUGCCCGAGUCCUUUUCUCCCAGCCCCGUGGCGUCCGGCCACAGUCUGCGGGCCACCAGCCCGCAGCGCCAUGACGACUGGAGCACGGAGGGGAACAGCAGAGGGCACCACCAGGACCCCGGCCACGGGCUCUCUCCCUCCGACGGGCUAGCCCAGGUCCGGAGAGACAUGCAGGAGAAAACGCACACUCCCCUCCCACCCAUCGCCCCCACCUCCUCGCACCGCGCCCCCCUUCAGAGGGACUCCUUCGACGCCGACCUACCGGCCCCGGACCUCCAUCCGAAACGGCCACUGGAGCCGUCGGGUCAGCCCGCGGAGCGCACGGUCACCACCCAGCCGUCCUCCUCCAGGACUCCUCAGUGGCUGCAGCCCCUGGCCCGGAGCUCCCCGGAGGGCUGCGAGGCCGCGAGGGAGAGACCCCUCUGGCUGAUACCCCAGCAGUCUGCGGAGCCCAGGUCUCCGAUCCCCCCGUCGUCCGCCACCUCGGGUCUCCCGGAGAUGGGCUGUAACCCGGGGAGGGUGUGUCGGGGGGCGGACAGGACGGCGAACGGGGCCCAGUGGGGGGCAGACACUCUGGAUCUUGGGGGCGACGUGCUGGAGGAGCUGAGCGACCAGCCCCGCCAUGACCGACCCGUGAGUGGACGCAGGAGCUCGGCCAGGAACAGCCACACCAAACCAGGGGAAGAACAUCAGCGUGGAGCUGCUGGACUGUCCAUAGAGGAGCCAGGUUGUGUAUCGGGGAGCAGCAACCGGAGGCAUCAACGAGCCUCCCGGGCCCAGCUCCACAGCCAGCAGGACCAGGACCACACCCUCAUGGAGUCCUGGGACUCCCUGACCAAGUUCAACCAGUGCCAGCGCGGUCGCAUCUCCAACAUGGGCUUGGAGGGCGACAUCUUCGACGAGUUCCUCCAGCGUUCCUCCAGACCCGUCGCCGCGGCCCCUUCUGCCGGCCCGGGAGGACCCGCCUGCGGCCACUCCCCUCCCUCCUUCCGCCUCCCCUCCGCCGCCCCUCACGGGGGCCUCUGCGAUGACCCGGAGGAGGACGUCUCCGGCGAGCCGGAGCGGGAGGAGGAGUUUGAGAUUCCGGUCCUCCCAUGCGGUCAGCGCUUGGUCAUUAACAUCCUGUCCACGUGGGGCGACCGCCACUAUGUGGGCCUCAACGGUCUCGAGGUGUUCAGCUCCAGCGGUCUGCCCGUUCGGCCCGCUAACAUCCGCGCCGACCCGCCCGACAUCAACGUGCUGCCCGCCUACGGCAAGGACCCGCGCGUGGUCACUAACCUGAUCGACUGCGUCAACCGCACACAGGACGACAUGCACCUGUGGCUGGCGCCGUUCACUCAGGGGAGGAGUCACGUCGUUUACCUGGAGUUUGCCGAGCCGUGCCAGGUGGCCAUGAUAAGGUUGUGGAACUACAACAAGUCCAGGAUCCACUCGUUCAGGGGGGUGAAGGAGGUGGAGAUGCUGCUGGACGGGAGGUGCAUCUUCAGGGGAGAGAUCGCCAAGGCGUCCGGGACACUUUCUGGAGGUCUGGACCAGUUUGGCGAUACCAUCCUGUUCACCACAGACGAUGACAUCCUGGAGGCCAUGUCGCGCUACGACGAGACGUUCUGCGGGGAGACGGGGGAUUCCGAGGGGCUGGUUGGGUAUGAGGAGGCGCUGCAGAGGCCCCGCACGGCGGACGGCGAGGGGGAGGAGAGACCCUUUACUCAGGCUGGCUUUAGACCCGAGGACGACCUCGCUUUAAAACUCCAUCUGAACCCUACAGUGGGCCAGUCACUAGAGACCCUGGAGCAGAUCCCGGGAAUGUACAGCGGAAAGUGCCUUAGGAUAGAGCUGAGCAUGACGUGGGGGGACUCCCACUACCUGGGCCUGACGGGGUUGGAGGUGGUCGGGAAGGAGGGUGACAGCCUGCCUCUGGAUCUGACCAUGCUGGACGCUUCGCCACGGGACCUCAACGACCUGCCGGAGUACAGCCAGGACACACGCACCCUUGACAAGCUCAUUGACGGGCACAACAUCACCACCGACGACCAGCACAUGUGGCUGAUCCCGUUCUCCUGUGGCCAGCGCCACACGCUGACGGUGAACUUGGGCAUGCGCCAGACGGUGGCCGGCCUGCGUGUGUGGAACUACAACAAGACUCCGGAGGACUCGUACAGGGGGGUGAAGGUGAUCCAUGUGUCCCUGGACGAUACAGUCAUCUCCCCAGCAGAUGGCUUCCUCAUCAGGAAGGGACCAGGGAACUGUCACUUCGACUUUGCUCAGGAGAUCCUGUUUAUCGACUUCCUCCAGACCCACAAUGCAGGCCUCGACACCAAGCGUACAGAAGAGAACUCUGUUGACACACUUCAGUCUGGUUCUACGAGACAGGAGCAGGCCAGCAUGGACUACGAAGCCCCUGUCAUGCCUUGCGGGUUCAUCUUCCAGCUGCAGCUCCUGACUACUUGGGGGGACCCCUACUAUAUCGGCAUGAAUGGCCUGGAGUUCUACGACCAAAACGACCAGAAGAUCCCCCUCAGUGACAACAACAUCGCUGCGUUCCCGGACAGUGUGAACGUCCUGGACAGUGUGAACGGGGAUGUGAGGACUCCAGAUAAGCUGGUGGACGGCGUGAACAACACGCAUGACGGCCGACACAUGUGGCUAGCCCCGGUGCUCCCUGGACUGGUGAACCGCGUGUACGUCAUCUUCGACCAGCCUGUGACCGUUUCCAUGAUCAAACUGUGGAACUACUCCAAGACGCCUCAGAGGGGGGUAAAGGAGUUUGGGCUGUUAGUGGAUGACCUCCUGGUGUAUAACGGCAUCUUGGACAGUGUGAGCCAGGCGGCGCGGGGCAUCGUGCCCUCCUGUGACCCGCUGGUGCCCUACCACACUAUCCUCUUUACCGACAACGCUCGAAUCACCCACCGGGAAAGGAACACUGUCAUCAGCCCCCGAGGUAGCAGACACUACAAUCUGAAACACAACUAUGUGGAGGACCAAGAUGUGAAAAUGACUAAUGAGAAUCAGAUUGUCCAUCACAACAAGAAGAAACAAACCGCUGAUCCAGCACUCCGGCCUAAAACCUGCAUGACAGACACUGGGAAGCUCGGGAAACGCAGGUAUUGACCAAACGACGGACAGAGGAUCGGACGGAUGGACAUGGAGUACCGCUGGUCGAAAAAGGGGCACCGAAAACCAAGGGAUAAAGGUUUACAGACCGUAUCUGCACUAUCCUCUCUGGGGACUUGUAACCCAAAGCCUUGAUCAGCUCAAAAUUAAACCCAUUCACAUUGCCGCCCAUCAGACAUUACACCAUAGGGAACUGUUGCCUAGUGACAGCCCUAGCACGUCAGUUCAGUCUGCUUCAGAUGCGGACACGUUUGGGGGGGGCCGUCCACUUUCUGGUUGGAUUGGUCAAUGUCACUCCGAUCGCUCGCCAGACUCCUGCAGAUGUAUAGCACCUGUGUAGUGAAGCAUUGCGGCAGGACAGAAUCGCAUAAUACUUAGUACCACAUGGGACAUUUAGUAUUGGUGUAGAUCACCGUCACAUGUACA